UCCGCAUCCAUCCCUCCGUCACAGGAAUAAACAAACACACAAACAAACGGGGGAGGAGAUCGUCCUCCAGACAUGUAGACCUGAACCAGACCUGCAGAUCUGGACCAGGACCAGGACCAGGACCAGGACCAGGACCAGGUCUGGGGGUCCUCAGGACCUGAGACAUCAUGGGGAACCAGGAGGCCAAGCAGAGACGAGCGGCUUCGGCGGCGGCUAACGGCAGCUACCCGUCCCUGGAGGAUGGAUGGAGAGACGGAGGAGGAGGAGGAGGAGGAGACGUGAAAAAAGGGGGGAGGAAGAACAACAACAGCCGGGCGGAAAACACCGGCCGGAAGAAGAGCAAGUCCGAGUCCAAGUCGUCCGUCUUCUCCCUCCGGAAGAGGAAGAGCAACCUGCGGGGACGAGGAGGAGACGCGUCCAUCGCUAACUCCAGGGAGGACGUGCUGCUAGCGGAGGCUCCCCGGGGCCCGCCGGAGAUCAGGGGGGGCCAUGUGGGGGAACCGGGACGUCUGGACCAGGAGGAGGCUGCGUUUCCAGGGAGACGGGGCUCGGAGGAGGCGGCUAGGACGCCGGGGGGGCCGUCCCCGGGGCCCCCGGGGCCCCCCGAGGAGCCCAAGGCCAGCUCCGGGUCCGACACCGACAUCUACAGCUUCCACUCGGCCAGCGCCGACCACGAGGACCUGCUGGCCGACAUCCAGCUGGCCAUCCGGCUGCAGCAGGAGGGUACCAGGGCCACCGAGCAGGGUACCAGGACCGCCGAGCAGGGUACCAGGACCGCCGAGCAGGGUACCAGGGCCGCCGAGCUCCCCGGGGGGGCCUUGACCUCCAGUCCCCCGCCGGAGGGCCACGAUGGGACUCCAGAGCUGGAGGAACUGGAGCUGGGAUCGGACGCCUUGUCCUUCCUGGAGACGGGGACCCUGUGCCGGUCCGAGAGCCCGCCCCUGCGGGGCCCCGUCACCCCCCAGGCCGGGCCCCCCCUGCAGGAGGAGACAAUGACGGGACAUAAACACGCCGAAAGCCUCUCAGAGACUCCAGGGCCGCUGCAGAGGGGGGGGGCGGGGGCCCCCCCGGUCACCACGAUCACCACGGUAACCACCAGCCCCCCCGAACCCCCGCCUGACACCGUGGAGGAGUGUCUGGAGGUGACGGCGGAGGAUGGGACGGAGGACGGGACGGAGGACGGGACGGAGGACGUGGGCCCCCCCGGGGGGGUCGCGGACAGUUUUAGCUCCGGACCGGGUUCAGGGCCGUUCAACGAGGGGGGGGACGAGGGCUGGGGGGGCCCCCCGGGGUCGGCCACCAGCGCAGAGUCCCUGGACUCGGAGGCCACCGUGUCGGAGGCUCACCUGAGCACCUGCUGCACCUCGUUCCCCCACCAGGAGAGAAGGGCCCGGCGGCCCCCCCGGAGCCCCCACGCCGUCAAACCCUACCCCCCCAUCUUCCCGUCCUACAUCAAGACCACCACGCGGCAGCUGAGCUCGGCCGGACACUCGCCGUCCCCGUCCUCGUCCCCGUCACACAGCCCGCUGUCGCUGCGCAGGGGACACCGCCACAGGACGACGGCCGAUCAGGAAACCGGCAGAGUUCGCUCUCGCGGCUUCAGACCGCUGAGUCGCUCGGCCGACUGGACGGAGGAGCUGGACCGGAGGCUGAAGGAGGACGGAGGUUCAGGAGACGAUCUGAUUGGCUACCGGGGAGGAGGAGGAGGCAGCCAGCCCAUCUGUCCAACCAGAAGAUCCUCCUGCGGUCAGGGGCUACAGGACGUCUUCACAGGUCGUACUCUCCUGGAGAAGCUGUUCCUGCAGCAGCAGCAGCAGCAGGAGCAGCCGGAGGAGGCCGAGCGUCUCUGCUCCAGGAUCCUGGAGCUCGGCCUCCUGCUUCCCUUCAGCUCCUGCUUCAGGGAGCCGCCAGGCGGCGCUGCAGCAACCGUCACCUCCACUGCCGCCGCCGCCAAGUUUGAGCACGACCAGCUCUACACUUGGGCCUCCGUUAAUCAGGCGUCUCUGGAUCCUCUGGAGAAGAAACUGCUGAGUCAUGCUAAGAGUUCCUGGCCUCCCGUCAGGCCGGGCGACAACCAGAGCCGGAGUAAAUCCACCGAGGCUGAGCAUAAUGCGGCCAUCUUGGAUUCAAAGGAAAAAGAGAAGGAGGAGAGUUCAGAGGACGACCCGUCGGACCCGACUCAUCCGUCCGUCCGGCUGAAGGAGAAGCAGGUGAACGUGAUCCAGCAGCUGGAGCAGACGAUCGAGGACCUGAGGACGAAGAUCGCCGAGCUGGAGCGCCACCCCCCCCUGCUGGAUGAAGACAGUGUUAAACCCCCACCCGCCCAGACCACGGACCGGGAGGUCGGGGGGGACGAGGGCGGCCUGCUGGUCUCGCUCUGCGACGCCCACCUGCAGACCUCGCUGACCUCACUGAGCUCGCUGGACGUCAAGUCGGUGCAGACGUCGCCGCUGGAAGACGGCUUCGGGUUCAAGGUGCCGUUCGGCGGUUCGGGUGGAGGCGUGACGGAACCCCCGACCGGGCAGAACGGGUUCCCGUGUUCCUGCCGGCUGCUGCAUCCGCCGGGAACUACGCCCGGACCUGGACAGACUCUGGGUUCAGGUGUUCCUCACCCGCCGUGUCCGGGAGUCGCAGUCCCUCCUCCACCUCCUCCAUUACCGGGACUUGCAGUCCCUCCUCCACCUCCUCCACCUCCUCCGUUACCGGGACUUACAGGACUUGCAGUCCCUCCUCCACCUCCUCCGUUACCGGGACUUGCAGUCUCUCCUCCACCUCCUCCGUUACCGGGACUUACAGGACUUGCAGUCCCUCCUCCACCUCCUCCGUUACCGGGACUUGCAGUCCCUCCUCCACCUCCUCCGUUACCAGGACUUGCACUCCCUCCUCCACCUCCUCCGUUACCUGGACUACCAGGACUUGCAGGCCCUCCUCCACCUCCUCCGUUACCAGGACUUGCAGGCCCUCCUCCACCUCCUCCGUUACCAGGACUUGCAGGCCCUCCUCCACCUCCUCCGUUACCAGGACUUGCAGGCCCUCCUCCACCCCCGCCUCCACCACCCCCCCCAGGUUUUGGGGCCCCCCCUGCCCCUCCUCCUCCACCAGGGGCCGCUGGCCUCCCCUCGGGUCCAGGGUUCCUGGGUUCCCUGCCGCCCCCCCUACCACCGGGCCUGUUCUCUCUGGGUCUGGUUCAGGAGAAACCCCCCAGGAAAGCGGCCCUGGAGCCGCCCCGGCCCAUGAAGCCUCUCUACUGGACCCGGAUCCAGCUUCACAGCAAAAAGGAAGCUUCUUCUUCGCUGGUUUGGGAGGCCAUCGAGGAGCCGCCGGUGGACUUCGACGAGUUCGUGGAGCUGUUCUCCAAAACGGCGGUGAAGGAGAAGAAGCAGCCGCUCUCCGACACCAUAACAAAGUCCAAGGCCAAGCAGGUGAUGAAGCUGCUCAACAACAAACGUUCUCAGGCCGUCGGGAUUCUCAUGUCGUCUCUUCACCUGGACAUGAAGGACAUCCAGCACGCCGUCCUGAACUUGGACAACUCGGUCGUCGACCUGGAGACGCUGCAGGCGCUUUAUGAAAACAGAGCUCAACGGGACGAGCUGGAAAAGAUCGAGAAGCACGUGAAGUCGUCUAAAGACAAGGAUAACGCCAAGCCGCUGGACAAACCUGAGCAGUUUCUGUUCCAGCUCUCCCUCAUCCCAAACUUCUCCGGGAGAGUUUUCUGCAUCUUAUUCCAGUCCAGUUUCUCCGAGUGCAUGAUCUCCAUCACCAGGAAACUGGACACGCUGCAGAAGGUCUGCAAGGCGCUGCAGGAUUGUGAGCGAGUGAAGACAAUCCUGGGUCUCGUUCUGGCGUUUGGAAACUUCAUGAACGGAGGGAAUCGAACCCGAGGUCAAGCUGACGGAUUCACCCUCGACAUCCUCCCCAAACUCAAAGAUGUCAAGAGCAGCGACAGUGUGAGGAGUCUUCUGUCUUAUAUCGUCUCUUAUUACCUCAGACACUUCGAUCAGGACGCCGGGAAGGAGUCGUGCUUGUUUCCGCUCCCCGAGCCUCACGAUCUCUUCCAGACUUCACAGAUGAAGUUUGAGGAUUUCCAGAAAGACCUGACUCGUCUCCGGAAGGAUCUAAGAGAAUGUAAUUCAGAAGUGGAGAAAGUUUGUAAAGUUUCAGACGAGGAAAACCUGCAACCGUUCAAAGGGAAGAUGGACGACUUCCUAGCACAAGCAAAGAAUGAACUGGAGACGCUGGACACGCAACUCAGCAGCACGCACAAACUGUUCCUGGAACUCACCGUCUUCUUCUCCGUAAAAGCCAAGAUGGGAGAGAAGGAAGUUUCCGCCAACACCUUCUUCUCCGUCUGGCACGAGUUUUCCUCCGACUUCAAGGACCAAUGGAAGAAGGAGAACAAAGUUAUCCUGAAAGAGCGGUUAAAAGCGGCGGAGGAAAGUUUCCGGCAGGCCAAGGAGAAGGCGUCGUACAGCGUCAAACCCAAACACGCUUCUGGCAUCAAAGCUAAACUUGGGAUGAAGAUCUAAGAGGAAGACUCUGGUCCUGAUGGUUCAGUCUGGAGGAUGAAGAUCUAGAUCAGGGGUCUUCAACUGGGGGUUGGCGACCCCUAGGGGGCCACGGAGGAACUGCAGGGGGUCCAACAACUUAACAAGAAAUAAAGCUGGAGAUUGUAACGUUCCAGCUCGGCCUAACGUUACUCCUUCAAAGUUUCAUCAACCGUAAACACAUGUAGCUAAUAACCCGGUCAGGAAUUAUAGCAGAAAUAGAACACAUUCAAAAGUUAUUAUUAUAAUAACCCAGUCAGGAAUUGGUUAAUAAGGUGAAAUAAGCAGAAUAAAACACAUUCUAAAGUUAUUAUUAUAUAACCCAGUCAGGAAUUGGUUAAUAAGGUACGGAAGAGAAUAAGGGCAGGAGAAAAAUACAAAUAUUAUUUUAGAGGAGGAAGAUUU